GCUUACAAUCUUGACCUUGAAGCAGACCUGGCCUUGCAGUUUAGUGUCCUGAAAGUGCGAGCCUACAGUCGGUUAGAUCGUCGCAGUGCCACUGCCACUGUUACUGUCACCGUGCUGGAUGUCAAUGAAUACCCCCCGCUCUGCUUCCCUUCUGUCUUUGUGCUAAUGGUAUCAGAGACAACUCCAGUAGGCACCAGCCUGGGUACACUGACCUGCCAUGAUGUCGACAUCACCAACACUGCUCUCUCUUAUCAGCUACAACCGAACAAUUUAUCUCUCUUCAGUUUCCGUCUUGAGAACGGCUGUCUUAGGGUGAAUAACACUCUGGACUACGAUAAUGCUCUGGUUGCAAAUAAUAACUUCCAGUACCAGGCCACUGUAUGGGUCAAUGACAGUGGUAUACCCUCCCUCACAACUGCUGUGCCUGUGCUGGUCACAGUGACCCGUGUUAAUGAGUAUACACCUCAGUUCCAGGGCCCGCUGGCUUUCAGUGUGCCUGAGAAUGCACCCAGGCUUGCUGUGAUUGGCGCAGUGAAGGCCACAGACAGGGACUGGGAGUUCAGUGCUAUGCGCUACUCCAUCAUCAGUGGGAGUGGUUUCUCCAUCAAUCCCAAGAAUGGAGAACUUUAUCUCAGAAGAAGCUUGGAUUUUGAAACCCAGAAGGUACACCUCUUGAAGGUGCAAGUUGUAGACCUAAACCAGGAUGUAGAUCCUAGCAACCAGAGGACAGCCAAUCAAGAGAUCACCAUCCAUGUUCAGAAUGUUAACGAUAAUCCACCUGUAUGCAAUCCAUUUGUGUAUGAGUCAACAAUUUAUUCCACACUUGCAGCAGGAAUCCCAAUAAUCACAUUGAGCUGCACAGACAUUGAUGAUGAUGAAUUAACUGCAACUAUAACAAACGGUGCAGUAACUGACCGUUUCUCAAUGAAUGGCAUGAGUCUCUCUUCCAAAAACACCUUCUCCUACAAUCCUGAAGGGUUGUUUGACCACACACUGUUUGAGGUCGCCAUUGAGGUGUCAGAUGGUAAACACUCCACCAAGGUCCUGGCUGUGGUUCGUGUGAUUCCAUGGACAACUACCACGACAACCAACCCAACAACCACCGAGACUCAUUCCAGGGCUCCCCUGGUUGUGACUUCACUGCAGAAGUACUGGGAUCCUGAUCUGUGGUUCGUGCUUGUCCUGACUAUCACAGGGGCUCUGGCUCUGAUCUCUCUGGGUCUUCUUAUGUGGAAGCUCCUCACAUGGACUUCAGUUUGUGGAAGGCCACUAGUCAUGUCAGAGCACCUGCUGAAUGACAAGAUUCUGAACAGCGCUGAUGAAAUUAGGACUAAGGAAAUAGCCGCAUCAGUCCACGGUCUUCAAGUUGAUCCAGUGAUAAAGAGAUUUGACGGGAAAGCACAAGAUCCAGUUACAGGAAGACACUAUCUGUUUAACUCCCAAACAGGACAGAGGAGGUGGAUCUAGGAGCUGAGACAAUGCAUAAAGAUAAUGGCUUCAGAGUGCCCAUCAAGGAAUUCCAUGGCUGCAUUUUCAUAUAUGUGAUUUUUCAUUAAUUAAUGAUGAUAACUUCAUUACUAAAGGUUUAUAAUGAUGUAUCUACUAAAUGUGUCAGUAUUAUGCAUUUCUAGUAGUAAGAGACUGUCCUAAAUUUCUAAUAAGGUAAAUGGGUUCUAAUUCUAGGUGAACAGCUGCUGUUCUUUUUAAUACAGAACUUUACUUUGGUUGCUUCGGUAAAAUACCCAGUUGUAUAAAUAGAUGAGAUUAGAAUAUUUAGAGGAAAAUAUCAGCUAAGUAAAGUAAGGAACGUAACAAUCUCUUGGGCCUGGUGGCACUUUUUUCUUUUUUUUAACCAGCAGAUGGCAGUAUACAUGUGUACAUAUGUAUGUACCAUAUGUAUUUGAAUUCUGAGGCCUAUGUUAUAAGUCAUAUUUCUAAGGAAAAUGAGCAAGCAAUGUUUGCUAAUGAUGCUGAAUUAAAUAUCGAUCAUAAUAAAAUCACAAGAAACAUUCAA